AAAGCGUGAAAGAUUUAAUGAAAUCAGACAUGCUCAGCCAUUGAUACAGACAAAGAAAGUACAUAAAUAUGUCAUCGAAACGUCCAUUAAAAGCCCACAUUGCUCCACCAGGAGACUUUAUUGCUCUUGGUAAGCACAACAAAUCUGGAGGUACGGAUGGAGACUCAGCAAAAGGUUCGACUCCCAAAAAGUUAGGAGUACCCUCAGGGAAAAGAGAGGCAUCAAGCAUGGGAAGUUCUGGUAUGGUGAAAAAACCUAAACUCAUUGGGCAGACCUUCACACCACUGGGACGGAGUGAUGUGGAAAGGAAGAGCUCACCUGCUCCAACUCCACCCUCAAUAUCACAGUAUGAAGAGCUGGCCAUUGAUGUUGACCCACAAGAUUUAUUAGAGGAAAUUCUGGAUGCAGAAGACACAUGUGAUGAUGAGAGAUUGGAAGGACUAUUUUGUGGAGCUGUGAAACAUCUCCAUGGCAACAGGUCCAAACCUGACCCAGCUGUGUAUCUUACUCUGUUGUAUUUGGCCAAAACAAAGUCCACGGUUUUUAACAGUGAUGUUGUCAUUCAGGCAUUUUGCAGUCUCUUGAAGAGGGAUAUGUCCCUGAAUUUUAAAUCUAAAGGGAACUGCUUGGUGUCAGUAUGUGCAUGCAGUGUGCUGAUGGCUGCAUUUUCCAAGGAAGAUAACUGGCCAGAUGACUUUGUUAAGGUAUUUGUGGAGGAUUCUCUGGGAGAAAGAGUGUGGGUGGAUAGGGCAGACUGUAAGGCCUUCGUAGACAACAUUAUCACUGCCUUCAACACCAACCUCCCAGCAAAGUCAGCCAUGGCUGUAGAGCAGUCGUCAGCCAAAGAGCAGUCUGGCACAGCCAGUCCAGUUGUUGGUUUUUUGCAAGAUGAUGAUGAUAAAGAUUCAGAAGUGAAAAUCUCAGCCUUGGUUGAAAUGGAAGCAGUCCCUGUUCUUCCAAGAUAUCCUUAUCAACAAGAAAGUAUAGAGAUGACCAUCAUGGAGGUAAUAAGAGAGCAGUUAAAUAAGAGACAACCCAUGGAUGCCACAUCAAGGAAUCUGAUCCGUUUUAUGACGGCCACCUGUGGUUAUGGAGAAGUCAGACUUUUAGCAGCUCAACGGCUAGAAAUGUGGCUGCAGAAUCCGAAAUUGGCCAGACCAUCCCAAGAGUUACUGAUGUCCAUCUGCAUGAAUUGUAGACAACACGACCAGAAAGAUUUAGAAACCAUGGCCAUUCUAAUAAAGAUUAGAAUGAAGACAAAACCACUGCUCAACCAUUUCCUUAAUUGUCUGAGAGAGUUAUUGGAGCAACACCCCGAGAACAUUCGGAUGAUAAUGACACACACUAUCUACAACGAACUGUCUAACACAAGAAACCCUAAUAACAUGGCCAUCAUCACGACACUAUUCCAGAAGAAUGGAGAACAGUCUGCUAGGAUUCUAGCUGAGGUUUUCCAAGACUUGCUAGCUAACAAAGAUGACUACUUGAGAGCAGUGCGUGGACUGUUCAGGGAGAUAGUGAGGUCACUGAAGCAUGACAUAAACAUCACUUCCUUCUGUCUCGGUCUGAUGCAGGAGAGGGUGGAGUCAAAGUUCAUGGACUUAGAUCACAACCUCAGGGAGCGUUAUGUGAUGGCUAUUGGUGACCUGGUGACCUUAGCGAUAUUUCUUUGUAUCACACCUCAAGUCAGGGAGGCUGCAGCAGCUCUGGCCAAGGGAGAGAAGAAAGAAUUGGGUACACUGCACACUUUCCGCCAACAGGUGGCGCUUAUACAGAGAGAUUCUGUGUGGUGGUUACACACCAUUGUACCCAAAAUUAUCGAGGUCAAACUCUCAGAGUAUGUGCAUUGCCUCCACAAGGUGCUAUUUAUGGAGAGUGCUGACCAGUAUUAUAACAAGGAUAACUGGCCCCUGGAGGCUGAUAGAAGUACAUUUCUACACCUGGCUACAAAUGUCCCUGUCCUGGAGGACACACUUAUGAGGGUUUUGGUCAUUGGACUCUCCAGAGAUUUACCGCUGGGCCAGGUGGAUGCUGUGGAAAUGGCAGACCAGCUAGUCAAGAGAGCAGCCAGUCUCUGUUUGGAUGGUCAGGUAGUGUUACAGAUGGAGAAGUUAGAACUGGUGGACGCUCUCCUAAAUUUGUGUAGCUACAGGCAUCCAACGGAUAUCACUCUACCUAAAGGGUACAAACCUCCAACCUUGGCUAUCUCUAAUCUGUACUGGAAAUCCUGGGUUAUCCUGCUUAUUUUGGCAGCCUUUAAUCCACAAACAUUUGGACUGACUGGCUGGAAGAAUUAUCCAACACUGAAAUGUCUGAUGGAGCAGGUUAUGACAGGGAACUUUGCAUUCCCUCCCCCAACAAUGGCUGAUGGGGAAUUAACUGUAGAUGACAUCCGUAAUAAAGAAAAACAGUUUACCCAGCAAGAGAAGCAACAGAUACUGGAGUUUGAGAGCCACCUGGCAGCCGCCACAAGUAAAGUAACAAUAACAGAGGCCAACAGUCUGCUGAUCUCACAGCUCACAACCAUGGAUCCUAAUGGAAUAGCUAGAAAUCCUCCCUCUGGUAUAACAGAACAGUUGAAGCUUCUGAAUGACAAUCUGAGGAUAGGACAGAUGCUUUGUAGAAGUCGACAACCAGACUUCCUUCUAGACGUCAUCCAGCGACAGGGCAGUUCUCAGUCCAUGUCGUGGUUGGCUGAUUUGGUGGAGUCCAGUGAGGGAUCCCUGGAGGUUCUCCCCGUCCAGUGUCUCUGUGAGUUCCUCCUCCACGAUGACGAAACCCCCACAACAGACGAGGACACCAAACAGCUUGGCAAACACAAACAUAAACAGAAACUAAGAAAACGAGAGCAGUUGUUACACAGACUCCAGGGUUUGGUGUGGGGGGAGAGUGAAAUGACCCCCCAGGUCCUGGAUUAUUUCCUGAAAAGACUCUCCUCCAAUCAAGCUUCAAAUAGGGCACUAGCAAUCAGGGGCCUUUCGAUGGUGAUAUCUAAGGAGGAGACAAUGGACACGGAGGAUGAAGUCCCUCAUAAAUGGCUGUGUAAGGACCUUCCCCUCAUCCCCAUGUUUCCGGAGGUCUACCCACAGAUUACAGAAGCCCUCCGACAGGCUUGCCAGAUAGAGACAGAUCCUGAUCUUGUCAGUGCUUACAUUAUGUUCCUGUCACAACAAACAGAGGACAAGAGUCUUCAUGACCUGGAUGACAUUGCUUUGGACAUAGCCAACCUAAUUGUGGACAGAACAACAGUUGUAAACCAUAUUUUGCCCCAGGAAGAGGGCAGUGAGAAUGAAUUGGCCCACAUUACCCUGGCCUCUCUGUGCUCUCUUUAUUUUAACUAUGUGACCAAGGCCAAGAAACCCAAUAAAGAAGCAUAUUCAUGGUCUAACACCCAGGAUCAGAUCUUGUUACAGUGGGAAGGAGGAGACUCGGCCACCAUGCAUGUGUUAGUGGUCCAUGCUAUGAUCAUUCUGCUGACUUAUGGACCUCCCAAUGGUGAGAGUGACUACCAGGAGCUGCUGGAGACUUGGUUCCCAGAAUCCGGUCAGCCUCCCUCUGCCUUCCUAUUGGACACCUCAGAGGAAGCCCUCCUGCUUCCUGAUUGGUUGAAACUACGCAUGAUCAGGUCAAGAGUUCACCAACUGGUUGAUAUUGCUCUUCAAGACAUAGAGCCAGCCCAGCUGUUGUUAUUCGUACAGUCGUUUGGGAUUCCUGUGGCCAGUAUGAGUCGCCUGUUUAAGUGCCUGGACAAUGCUGUGAGUGCUGAUCCUAACCUGAUAGAGGAGGCGGUAGAGGACAAGGCCUACAUGGCUCAGCUGAUCGAGAUACAACACAUGAGGGGGGUAGUAGAGGGGGACAUCUUCUACAAACUUCUCACAAAGUCCCUCCCUCCCAAGACUGAAGCUACUGAUGAAGAAAUGGAAGAGCAGAAGGAAGUUGACAAGAGAUGGUCCACAAAAACAGAGGAUGCUAAGAGGUCUAUGGUGCCUAAUGUAUCUGAUUUGAUGGUUCAGAUUUUCAGCACAGAAGGAGAUAAAAAAGAAGUACAGCAAAAGUACCACAGACUUCUGAUGACUUUAUCCAGAUCAGAGACCACCACAGCCAUAGAAGUUACACAAGUUCUCCUGGAGAUGUUGGGAGGACCACACGGACCUAAGUUUGCUCAAGCUUUCUCUUCUAAUCCCCAAAGCUGCUCACUUCUAAAACUUCUGGUUUCCAAGAAAACAGCUUUAGGUGGUCUCCUUUACAAACUAAUGGAGACUCUUUUCAAUGAGGUUAAAGGUCAGAGGUGUAUGGUGACCUCUAUAGUUAACCAAUAUCUCCUAUCCAAUAAGCCGAAUGUGCCAGAAAGGCGGCCAUCUUACAAGUCCAUGAAGUCCGUCGGAACCUCAAGUCAAGAUAUCUUAGAUGAUUUGGUCAGUCAAGUUCAGAAGGAUGAGAAUAAUAUGGAGAAGAUGAUUAAGGAGUGUAUGAAGGAACACACUAAGUCUCACGACAAUCUCACUGCAGCAGAGAACACACAGAGGACUCUAACUGCUGUAGCCUGUAAAGCUAUACUUAAAGACAACCAAGAGCCCAGUAAUACAAUGACUACCUCAAUGGCCCUGCUGUUCGUGGAUUGGUUGGAGCUACUGGAUCCUGAACUUGUGGCUAACAUCCCCGAUCUACAGCAGCAGCUUCUGUUUGCUCGGGAGAAGCUGGGAGCCACAUCUAGACAGAGCCUGGUCAGAAACAGCCAGUCUUAUCUACUGACCCUCCUCACUCACCAGAGUAGCUGGGCUUCACUUCAGAGGUGUAUCAACUGUCUACUACAGGCCGAUGAAGUCCCCAGAUUCAGCCCCACCGCAGUGCUAGACUUUUUGUGGGCGUGUCACCAGAUACCAAAGAUAUGGAGAGGAAGAGAGCGAAGAACCCCCAAAAACCACACCCCAGAGAAUGUCCUUGGUUUGAACCCUUAUCAUCUAAUAGCAUUGAUCAAAUACAUUGUCGAGGAAUCAAUUUUGCUGUGUCCUGAUAGUAAAGGGGAAGAUAAGAAAGUUUUUACCAACAGACAGACCAGCAUUGCCAGCCGGAUAGAGCUCCUGAUGCUGUGUAUAGCAGACAAUCACAGUAAUCUACAGAAAGUGGUCACCUAUAUCAGGGAUAUACCCUCCAGCAACAGCAGUAAGAUGCUUUACCAACAGCUUCUGGUAGAGUUAUACUCCCAGUGUCCCAAGGUCAUUUCCUGGUUGUCUGAUGUACAAGGAGCAUUUUUUGAUGGUCAGCUUUCUCAGUCCACAAUUACACAGGUUGACAUUGUAUCACAUCGACUCCUGACAUGCCUGGGACAAGCUGGGAAUGGUAAGACAGCUGAGGAUAAGAUGUAUGACGCUAACAUCGCCUGUCGUAAACUGGCAUCACAGCAUCCUCUACUGAUGUUAAGACAACUGCCCCUGAUAGCAGCUCUGUUGAAGGGUAAGACCCAGUUUACGUUUGGGGAGAUGAGACAUAAGAACUACUUGCUGCUGUUUACCCACGUCCUGGGUCUGAUGGAGACAUUACAGCCUCAUAUAUUCAGGAAGGACUACAUGGCCCUGGCUGAUGUCAUCGACUCCUACUUCUCUCUUAUUGGGAAUCAUGCUAAAGGGAAACAACUGGGGCCAAUCAUCCACAAGUACAUCAAGUUCCUGUAUCAGUACACCAUACAUGAACCCCAGCAUUCCUUUAUCAUAUUGCAGAAAUACGUCAAUCUGCUCAGUGGUAUUUCUACAAUGUACCCUGAGCUGUCCGUGCUGAAGUCUCUCCUGGCCGGACUAACACUGUCCAGACAGGCUGACUGUGACCAGGGUAGUGUGGCACCUGUGGGGGGUCAGCCAAGGUCAAGCUCACCCUGGACCGUCGGUCAGCUGACCCCGUUCUUAGACAGACUCCACACAGCCACUGACAGUGAUGAUAUACUGGAAGUUUUGACAGAUCUGGAUGAAACUUCAAAGAGAAAAGUAGACAUCCUAGAACAUUUUAUAGGAGAUCUGAAGAAACUGUUGUUUCAUGCCUCGGACACAGUCAGAAAUACAGCGUACAGUUUGGUCAUGAGAUACAUCAGACUUAAUCCUAGGGCUUCAGAGCAGUUUGUUGGGAAUUUCCUGCAUUGCUUUGAUAGUGAAAAUCCAGAUAUUGUGACAAGUGCUCUGAAAAAUCUCCCCGAGUUUUGUGUGCUCUGUCAAGAUCACGCUGAUGAAAUUCUGCAGAAAUCCUUUAUGGUGGGGACCACUACUGCCAUGGAGACCAGUAGUUAUAUAAGUGAGACGUUACAACUACUGAACCUGGAGACAGUGCAGAUAUGAAUGUAGUUAGAUUGUUAUCAUUCAGAACUACUGACCCCAGAGACUGAGCAGAUAUAACAGUUAGACUGUUAACAUAUAAAAUUACUGACCCCAGAGACUGUGCAAUAUCAAUGUAGCAGAUUGUCACCUUAAGGACUGUACAUGUAUCUAGCUGCUAGAUUGUUAUCAUAUGGAGUAAUAUGAAGAAGUGAUCCAUUUUCUGAAUUGAAACUUUGGAAUAUUAAAGUUUGACUAAAAGCAAUAUAUUCUGGGGUAUGCAUGAGGAAUUUCUCACUUUGGAAUCUUAAUCUGUGUUCCAUUUUACAUAGAUCUUUAUGUUGAGAAUUCUCUCAGCUCAUUGCGAUUAUGGUGCAUAUGACUUCUAUCGAUUUUUCAAACAAUUUUUGUCCAUAAAAAGGAUAAAUAAAAGUGCUGCUAUAGG